AUGGCUACCAUGUCUCUUCUUUUCCUGUCCUCAACUACCACACCUACAACACCUGGGAGCAGUACUACCAUCACUGCAGUACUAACAACAGAAGGGGAGUUAUGCGGAUCCAGUCCUUGUGGAGGAAAAUUGUCUACAUGUGUUCCCCUGAAUAACACGUAUAUAUGCCAGUGCUCGUAUGGAUUCUACUACUACAGCAAUGAUUGUUAUCCAGGGAAGGUAUUCCCAGGUACCGUUACACUGACACAAGCAUUCGGUAAUGAUAUUCAGGAUGUAAAUUCAAUGGAGUAUCAAAAUAUGGUCCAAAACAUAAUACAAUUUUUUCAAAUCGCUUUUGAAAAUAUGACAGACUACAGGCAGACCAUCAUCGUGAAAUUUAAUUAUAUAGAAGAUGCAAACACCAGAAAUGCUAAAAAUCCAGUGAAUGUAACAGUGAUGAACAUCUUCAGAGAAGGCACAACUGAGACCGAUGCUGAUGUUGAGAAGGCAGUAAUGGCAGCAGCAGGAAAUUUGAGCUACGUGAAUGGGUACUCAACUGCAACCGCGUGUGCUGUUUAUCCGUGUGAUGACACAACCACAACAUGUGAGGAUGGUGCAUAUCCAGUAUGUGUAUGUAAACCAAAUUUCACAAAGACAGCGUGGGACACAUAUUCUUGUUCAGAUUGCGUGAACUGUACAGAAGAAGAAAACAUGUUCUGUGACAGACAAAAUGGCGUUCCAGACUGCAAAUGCAUGGAUAACUUUAAAAAAGAGGGUGAAAAAUGUGUAAGGUGUCCAGUGGGCUACUCUGGAGAAGACUGUCAGAAUAAUAAAGAACUCAUCCUUAUAAUAGUGGGCACAGUGUUUGGAGUCAUUAUCUUGUGUUUAGUGGCAGCAGUCUCAAUUGUUUCAGUAAGAGCCAAGCACAGUCAUGAUCCGGAGAAAAAGAGGUUGAUAAAGCCAAGAAAUUCCAACUCAAAUAUCUCUGAGGAGACCAGGAUCUUCCCCAGGGUCCAGACCACUUCUGGCCAUGUGAACCCAGGAUAUCAGCCAAACAACCCUUACGAGGUGGAUUCCUCAAACAGAGGUGUCUUUGUGGAGAAAAAUUACGAUGACUUGUAUGAAAUAUCGCGGCGGCCUGAGGACUUUCAGAUGCAGCGCAGAUAACUAAGUGGCCAGUAGUAGAGGGAUGGACGACAACCACAGCACUGGGUCAGACCAAAGAGCUUCACAGCCUCUUACCAGCACAGUUAUUUCAUCAGCAGAGACAAUGGAGUCCAUAGUACAGGAUUCUGAAGAUUUUCUAAAAGAAGAUUCCUACUUGAAGAGAAGGGCAGUAACUCUUUGAAAUAAGGGACAAUAAAAAUAAAGCAGAGUGUAGGGAGAAGGAGACUUCCAAAAAGCUAAAAUGGUCCUGUGGCCAUUCCUAUGAACUUUCAAUGGACCAGAGCAUUGGCAAAUAAGUGAAUGUAGACAAGAUACCAGGAUUUUAACGCAGCUGUGUUUCAGUUCUUCUGAAAGAUGGUCCGUGCAAUGUGUGUGAUGCUGGAAAUGCCAGCUGCCAGAGCUUUGCCUACAUUUGUGCUCACUUGCUUCAGGCAGAGGCGUAUCAAACAGUAUCGAAACUUUUGUGAGAACCUAGCGUUGUUCUCUUUACUAUAUCAGUCUUUCUCCCUUCCUCAGCCCCCCCAUUAUUUUCUAUCUGAAAGCAUUCAGUUCAGAUCUCUGCUGGCAACUGUUGUGAGAGACAACCCUGUCUGACCUCUUGGGUGGCCUUCCUUCCCAAUACAACUCCAGAAACUAUUAUCUUCAAACCAGCACUGUUGUUCUCCAUCUCAUGCAAAUACGUUGAUUUUACAUUCUCAGCUACUGUGGAAAGAACUGGCACUUUUUUUUUCUCUUUUAAUCUGUAAGAUUAAAUGGAAUCAUCUUAAACCUUUCUUUUUCAUUACUUCAUAAUUCUGUUUAAAAAUCAUGGAGACCUAAAAAACAUUUAAUGGAGAAUACAUGUGCAUCAUCUUUUGACUGGCGUUGGCACUUCUUUAUACAUAUAUAUAUAGAGAGAGAGAAUAUAAUGUCCAAAAAUGUACAUAUAUUUAUAGAUUAUAUUCAUUUAAAGCAUCAUUUAAUCUCAUGUUUUAUGGUU